AUGCCAGCACCGAAGCCCAUCCUCAUGGCCAUCUUGGCCGCCGGUCAUUUCAUGACCGCCUUUUCCCGGCAGUCGACCCUCUUUGCUCCUGUGUUCGAGCAGUCCGACUUCGAUGUCACCAAGGCGCUUGUGGACCUAGGUGUUGACGUCGCAAAGAUCCCUGAUUUGAGCGACUCCAAUAAAAGGCUUGAAUCGGGGUGUUCCAUCGCUUGCAGCUCGCUGAAGCACAUAUUUGGCGACGAAGCCGUCGAGACUAGAGACGAGGAGGCAUUCAGUAACUUUACCCGGUCGUACUGGUCGUCUAACCAGGCUGAGGUCAACCCAUACUGCGUCUUCAAGCCUUCAAAGCCGUCACACGUCUCGGUAGUAGUGUUGCUGUCUCGCUUGACACAAUGCCCCUUCGCAGCCAAGAGUGGUGGACACGCUGCUAUGGCCGGAGCUUCUAAUGUAGAAGACGGCAUCACCAUCUCAUUAACGAACAUGAAGGAGAUCUCGCUCUCUGCGGACAAGAAGGUGGUGUCAGUGCAGCCCGGAAACGUCUGGGGCGACGUGUUUGCAGAGCUCGCCAAGUUUGAUGUGUCUGUUAUUGGAGGUCGAUUGAGUAACAUUGGUGUUGGGGGACUGACAACAGGAGGCGGUAUCUCGUUUUUUUCUAACCUCUACGGCUGGGCUUGCGACAACGUUGAAAGUUUUGAUGUUGUCAUUGCAAACGGCGCAAUUGUCCGCGCUAGCCCUACACACUUCUCUGACCUCUACUGGGCCCUCCGAGGGGGUGGUAACAAUUUCGGUCUUGUCGUCAGCUUCAAUCUGUUAACGAUCCCACUUCCUGGUGGCAAGAUGUGGGGAGGUCUUCGCGUAUAUACAGAAGACAAGUUUCCCGAGGUCUCGAAGGCUAUUGCCAAUCUUGUAGAAAACUCCGCCGAUGACCCCAAGGCUGGCUUUUGGGGCGUAUGGGCCUUUUUUGAUGGCAUCAAGAUCGCGAACCCUGCCCUGUACUAUUCAGAGCCGGAUAGCGGUAACGCUACCAUUUGGUCAGAAUUGAACGCCAUUGAUGCUGUCGAUGACACGACGAAGAACCGCCUCAUUCACGAGUGGACCCACGAGUUAAUGCUUAGCAGUCCGUUGGGCUUGCGAGAGGUAUACUAUGCAAUCACGACCAAGGCUGAUCAGGAGAUUCUUGACUUUGCGCAAAAGCUAUUCUACGAGAAUCUGCACAAGGUUUUGGAUAUUCCUGGCAUACUACCUGCCCUUAUCGCUCAGGGAAUCACAGUUCCUCAGAUGCAAAACAUGAAGAAGAACGGAGGCAACGUUUUGGGCCUCAAUGCAGAGGACGGGCCCGUCUACUUGAUCCAUAUCUGCGCUAUGUGGGAAAACGAAGAGGACGAUGCUACAGUUUAUCAGUUCAUGUCAGAUAUUUUGAAGCAGAUUGCAGCCGAAGCAAAGGCUCGUGGGGUCAACAACGAUUACGCCUACAUGAACUACGCCAGUCAGUACCAGGAUGUUAUCAGCAGCUAUGGUGCCACGAAGAAGGAGAAGUUGAAAAAUAUCUCUCAGAAGUAUGACCCGCAACAAGUUUUCCAAAAACUGCAGCCGGGAUAUUUUAAGCUGGAUCGAGCACCUAUUCCGGACACCGACUACUUCUCUACUAGUUUCUAG